AUGCCUGAAAAAGCCGAACAGGAAUUCGCCGCUUGGGAACUGGCCUUCUUUCGAAUCCUCAAGGUCAUCUCGAGCUUGCUGCUGAGGUUUAUGGAGUCGGCCACUGUCAUUGCCAUCAUCCUGAUCCUGAUCAAGGUGGGAGGCGUCGUGAAGGAGAAGAUCUAUGGGCCGACAGGAGAGCAGAAGGUGAAGAAGCAGCAGUGA